ACAAUGGAUUGAAGGGGAAUCUUGGAAAACAAGCAUAUCUGGAAGACUGGAUUACCACAAUUACACCGUUAACAGCAGGAGAGUCUGCAUUCAAGGUUACCUUUGACUGGGAAGAGGAAGUAGGAGUCCCAGGAGCAUUCAUAAUACAAAACAAUCAUCAUAGUGAGUUCUUCCUCAAGACUGUCACACUCGAUAAUGUCCCCGAUGAGGGCCGUGUCCACUUUGUUUGCAAUUCAUGGGUUUACCCGGCCGAAAAAUACACCAAAGACCGUGUUUUCUUCGCUAACAAGACUUAUCUUCCAAGCGAAGUACCAUUGCCGUUGCGCAAAUACAUAGAAGAAGAACUAGUAGAAUUAAGAGGAGAUGGAAAAGGAAAGCUCGAAGAGUGGGAUAGAGUCUAUGACUAUGCUUACUACAAUGAUCUGGGAGAUCCUGAUAAGGGUUCGGAAUAUGUCCGCCCAAUUAUGGGAGGGUCUACUGAGUACCCUUACCCUCGCAGGGGCAGAACUGGCCGACCACCAAAAGAGACGGAUCCUAACACCGAGAGUAGGUUACCGAUUGUUUCAAGCUUAAGCAUAUAUGUGCCAAGGGAUGAACGGUUUGGACACUUGAAGAUGUCCGACUUCCUUGCAUAUGCACUGAAAUCUAUAGCUCAGUUUAUUAGACCAGAGAUAGAAGCCUUGUUUGAUAAAACUCCUAACGAGUUUGACAGCUUCAAAGAUGUGCUUCAACUCUACGAAGGAGGAAUUCCGUUGCCUGAAGGUUUAUUCAAGGAAAUCGGUGACAGCAUACCUGCGGAAAUGCUCAAGGAAAUUUUCCGAACUGAUGGUGCACAGUUCCUCCGAUUCCCAAUGCCUGAAGUGAUCAAAGUGGACAAGACUGCUUGGAGGACUGAUGAAGAAUUUGCCAGAGAAAUGCUGGCUGGAGUGAAUCCUGUCAACAUUCGCCUUCUUCAAGAAUUCCCGCCAGCAAGCAAGCUAGACCCAAAAGUUUACGGUGAUCAAACCAGUACAAUAACCGAACAACAUAUAAGGAAUAACUUGGAUGGACUAACAGUGGAUGAGGCACUCAAGAACAAAAAGCUAUUCAUAUUAGAUCAUCACGAUGCAUUGAUGCCGUACCUGAGGAGGAUAAACUCAACUUCCAACAAGAUCUAUGGUAGCAGAACUCUCCUGUUCUUGAAAAGUGAUGGAACUUUGAAGAUAUUAGUGAUCGAAUUAAGCUUGCCUCAUCCCGACGGAGAUCAAUAUGGUUGCAUUAGUAAUGUUUACACACCAGCUGAACAAGGUGUAGAAAGCUCCAUAUGGCAACUGGCUAAAGCUUAUGUGGCCGUAAACGACUCUGGAAAUCAUCAACUUAUCAGUCACUGGUUAAACACCCAUGCGGUGAUUGAGCCGGUUAUAAUAGCUGCGAAUAGGCAGCUAAGCGUGGUUCAUCCAAUUUACAAACUUCUGCAGCCUCAUUUCCGCGAUACCAUGUACAUCAAUGCAAUUGGCAGGGGAAUCCUCCUUAAUGCUCGCGGAGUUAUAGAGUCGACAGUUUUUCCAGCUAGGUAUGCCUUGGGGUUGUCAUCAGCUGUUUAUAAAGAUUGGAUUUUUCCUGAGCAAGCUCUCCCUGCAGAUCUCAUCAAGAGAGGCGUGGCAGUCAAGGAUGAAAAUUCUCCACACGGUCUUCGCCUACUGAUAGAGGAUUAUCCAUAUGCUGUUGAUGGGAUUGAAAUCUGGUUUGCAAUAAAAACUUGGGUCGAAGACUAUUGCGCUUUCUACUACAAGACCAAUGAAAUAAUUCAGACAGACGUCGAGCUCCAAUCCUGGUGGAAGGAGCUCGUAGAGGAGGGUCAUGGGGACAUAAAAGAUGAGCCCUGGUGGCCUAAAAUGCAGACUUUUGAAGAGCUAGUUGAAACUUGCACUAUCCUCAUAUGGACUGCUUCUGCUCUUCAUGCAGCCCUCAACUUCGGACAGUUCUCUUACGCAGGAUACCUUCCCAACCGCCCAACCAUAAGCCGAAAAUUCAUGCCUGAGAAGGGAACUCCUGAAUACGAAGAGCUGGAGGCCAGCCCUGAUACCGUUUUCUUGAAAACAAUUACUGCUCAGCUGCAGACUGUACUUGGUAUUGCCACCAUUGAGAUUUUGUCAAGGCAUUCCACUGAUGAAGUGUAUUUAGGGCAGAGAGACACUCCUGACUGGACAUCGGACACAGCUGCAUUGGAAGCUUUCGAUAAAUUCGGAAAGAAACUGGCUGAAAUCGAGGAUCGAAUUACAAGUAUGAACAAUGAUGAGAAACUGAAGAACCGAGUUGGAUCAGUCAAGAUUCCGUACACUUUGCUCUUUCCUACUAGUGAAGGUGGAAUUACUGGCAAGGGAAUUCCCAACAGCGUCUCUAUCUAA